CCAUUAGGAUAAAAGAAUAAUUUGAUGAUAGUCAAACAUAUGCAAUGUAUUCAAUAGUCUACAUUGUACUUGAAUCCAUUCCUCUCUCUUUUUGGCAGAAAACUUGUUUCAUCCAAUGGAGGCCUUAUCUCUUGUUGGAGGUUCUCUUUUAUCUGCUACAUUUGACUUGCUAUUUGAAAAGUUGAAUGGAUAUCUAAGUGAUCAACUCCGGAAUUCAAAGGAGGAAGUACUUGCCCAGGUGGAAAGUUGGAAGAUUCUAUUGCCCAAAAUCACUGCUGUACUUCAACAUGCGGAAGAAAAUCAUGUUGUCAACCAGUUUGUGAAGUCAUCUCUUGAUGAUCUUAGAGACCUAGCUUCUGACAUGGAGGACAUACUUGAAGAGUUUGUGAUUGAUGCUAAGAGGUCUGAAUUGAUUGCAGAAUCUGAAGCUAGACCUAGCAAGCGACAAAGAAUCACCUCUACUGUCAAUCGUUUUUUUAGCUCUAAUAUGGCUAAGCCCAAUCAAGAGGUUAAUUCCAUGCUGAAGGAUCUAAGUGGUAGAUUGCAGAAAAUUGAUAGUGGGAUGCGUAGUUUGGACUUGAUCAAUUUGGCUUUGAAACUUGAAGAUAAGUCUCAUAGAGUAAUUGCAAAAAGACUGCCUGAGUCCUCACUUCUUGAGGACAAGGUGUUGGGUCGAGAUAGUGAUAAAGAUGCUAUUCUUCAGAGGUUGCUAGAAGAUGGAGGUAGUCUCGAACAAGACUUUGUUAUUCCCAUCGUCGGAAUGGGUGGACUAGGCAAGACAACUCUUGCUCGGCUCAUUUACAAUGAUGAAAAAUUAGAAGGCAGAAAGCUUACUAAGUUGCCUACAACGAUUGGGAAUCUAAUUGAUCUCCAUCAUCUUGAUAUUUCUGAUACUUCAUAUUUACAAGAAAUGCCAUCAGGAAUAGGCAAUCUUAAAAAUCUUGUAACACUGCCCAAACUUAUCGUGGGGAAGGCAAGUGGAUUGAUGAGAUUAUCUGAUUUAAAGAACUUGUUGCAAGUUCGAGGAAGAUUGUCUAUUCUAGAUCUGCAGAAUGUCUUGGAGAUUCAAGAUGCUAGGGAGGCCAAUCUAGACAAGAUCCAUGGUUUGGAAGAGUUAGUCUUGGGGUGGGCUGCUCCUGACAAUGAUCGAGAUGAAUCAAUCCUCCAAAAGCAAGUCCUCAGCUGGUUAAAACCUCAUUCAAAUUUGAAAAGUCUCAAAAUUUCUUGCUAUGGUGGUAAGAGAUACCCAAACUGGAUUUGUGAUCCAUUAUUAUUUUUGAAUUUAUCAUCCAUGGAGCUCAGCAAUUGUAAGAGAUGCAUUUUGUUACCAUCACUUGGCCUACUACCCAUUCUCAGAAAAUUGAUUAUUGAAGGCAUGAAGGCAAUAGAAGCUGUGGGUCCUGAGUUUUAUGGGCAGCAUGAAUCUUUUCGAUCAUUGGAGGAACUGGUGUUUCAAAACAUGUCAAAUUGGAAGGAAUGGACUUCUCCAACUAGAAGUGAAGGUGAAUUCCCUUGUCUUCGUAGGCUUGUGAUUCAAAACUGUCCUAAGUUGUUAGGCCAAUUACCCAGCAACCUUUCUUCACUUAAAGAGUUGGAUGUUAGAAGGUGCAAUGCAAUGUUAUUAAAGAGUAUGGGUAAUCUCACCUCGCUUGCUAAUUUGAGAAUUGAGAAAAUUUCAGAACUGACUUGCUUGCCUAUGAGUAUGAGUCUUCCAUCGUUAAAAGAGUUGUAUAUUGAAAACUGCAACAGGGUGCUUUUGAAGAGCAUGGUUGAUCUCACUUCUCUCACUAACUUGAGAAUACAGCGCGUUGUAGAACUGCCUUCCUUGCCUGAGAGUUUUACACAGUUCUUGACAACACUUGAGACUUUGUAUAUUGGAGAUUGUGAUGAUCUUACUUGUUUGUGGGAGGAAGGGCCAGAAGUAGAACAAAGCCUUUUGCCUUUCAAUCUUAAACAUCUUAGCCUUAAGCAAUGUAAAGCUUUGGAGUCAUUACCUACUGCAAUGAUGGUGCAAAUGGAUGGAAGCAGUAGCAGCAACACUGGUAUGUUGAUGUUGAGACUUGAAAAGUUCGAAAUUUAUGGUUGUGAUUCUCUCAAGUCUUUUCCAAGAGGCAGAUUACCCGUCACGCUUAAAUACUUGAAAAUAGAAGACUGUAAAGGUCUAGAGUCUUUACCGGAUGUGGAUGGUGACAAUAAUAGCAAUCUACAUUUGGAAAUAAGGAAUGUUCCAUGUUUGUAUUCUUCCAAGGGUUGUCAUCGGCUACUAACUUUUCUCAAGAAAUUUACAGUUAAUGAUGGUGGCGAGUGGUUGGAAUCAUUUCCAGAAAGGAUAGUGCAAUAUUGUACGGGACUCCAAUCCAUUAAAAUUGACAGUUGUAAAAUGUUGAAAAGUUUACCCAACCUUGACUUCAUCAGCAAUCUCGUUGAAUUAUAUAUUUACAGUUGUGAAGUUUUAGAGUCCUUACCAGAAGAGUUGGGGUUAUACACCCCCAAUCUCAAGGAUUUGAGAAUACGACGAUGUGAGAAUUUUAGAUCUGUCCCACAAACAAUGUACCAAUUGAAAUCUCUUCGAAGGUUAGGGAUGAAAGACUGCCCUAGCAUCGAGUUCAUUCCAGAUGGGGGUUUGCCCCCAAACUUGAAAGAUCUUCACUUACAGCGAUGUGUGAAUCUCAAGUCUGUGCCAAAGACAAUGUACCAGCUCACAUUGCUUCAAAGUUUAAGAAUCUCAGGUGGGGCUUUAACAAUGAGCCUCCAAAACCUUAUGUCUCUUCGAUGGUUAAAAUUUGAGCAAAAAUUCCCUCUGGAUGUUAUGUUGCCUUCUUCUCUGACCUCUCUUUGGAUCUGGAAUGAAGAAAAUUUGAAAGCCAUACCUGGGAGGCUCUUCCAAAACCUAAGCUCCCUUAAAGUGUUACAUAUAAUCAACUGCCCAAAGCUACAAUCUUUGCCAAGGGAAGCCUUCCCUCCCUCGCUUGGAGAACUACGCAUCAGAAGGUGUCCGCAUCUAAAACGACAGCGCUUUGAGGUGAAAGGAGACUAUUGGACUAUCAUCUGGAGCAUCCCCUACGUUCAGAUAGAUUAGAAAGAGGUUAUGGAUUUUCUUUGAGUUUCUCUAGUAACUUCCCUUGAUCAAUUCCCUAAAUUAAGGACAAUUCGAGGAUAUAUAUAAAGGUGGAUGGAGUAAAGCUUUGAGGCAGCAUUAUGCACAAAUCAUUUCAAGGAUUCUUUUGUUGUAUGUAUCCAUCCAUCUGGUGUUAAGAAAACUCUUCAUGAACGCAUACAUGAGCUGCAUGGAGCUUGGACUUUGAAUGUAAUAAGUCAGUGGAGCUUUGAAUAAUAGCUGGUGGCUGGUUUUGAUCAACAUUGCAAAAACAAUGCAAAGACUGUGUGAGUGAGUUGCAACAGCAGCAGGAAGGUUAGUAGAGGAGUUAUGGUUCUGCUCGAUGAUCAACAGUGAUUUGAUCUCCCUCUUGGUACACACUCAGCAUACUUAAAUGAGAUUCCCAAUUUGAUUGGAGAUUUUGACUUCUAGCUUUAUUUUGGUGAUGAUUAAUACAUUAGUGAUCCAACAAUUUUAUUCUUGAUGAUUUAUUGUUGUAUACCACCUCUAGUGUCUCCUA